UCCACACAACUCUCACCAAAAUACAUCACCAUUUGGAAACUACAAGGAAACCCCUUUAAGCUUUUUUUUAAUCGAACUAUCUACUUCAACUGCUCUUUGUUUUUGUUUUUGUUUUCUUUUUUGGAAUUCGCUUUCCCUUUCUUUUGGGUUUAAUUUUCUCCGCUGUUUUCUGUUUGGGUUCUAAGAAAAAAAAAACAUAAAAAUAACAAAACAAUCGAAAAAAAAAAAAAACGCAAAACCAAAAGAUGGGAAGAGGUAGAGUUCAGCUGAAGCGCAUAGAGAACAAGAUCAAUCGCCAAGUCACCUUCUCCAAGAGGAGGACUGGGUUGCUGAAGAAAGCUCAUGAGAUCUCGGUCUUGUGUGAUGCAGAGGUUGCUUUGAUUGUCUUCUCCACUAAAGGAAAGCUGUUUGAGUACUCAACUGAUUCUUGCAUGGAGAAGAUCCUUGAUCGCUAUGAAAGAUAUUCUUAUGCAGAGAGGCAGCUGACUGCAACUGAUCCUGAAUCACAGGGAAACUGGUCCCUUGAGUACUCCAAACUUAAGGCAAAAAUUGAGCUUUUACAAAGAAGCCAAAGGCACUUUUUGGGGGAAGAUCUGGAUUCACUGAGUCUGAAAGAGCUCCAAAAUUUGGAACAGCAGCUUGAUACCGCUCUUAAACAUAUUCGAUCAAGAAAAAACCAGCUAAUGUAUGAGUCAAUUUCUGAACUUCAGAGGAAGGAAAAGGCAAUGCAGGAGCAAAAUAACAUGCUAGCUAAGGAGAUCAAGGAGAAGGAGAAGACUGUGGCACAGCAGACACAUUGGGAGCAGCAAAACCAUGGUCUUAAUACAUCAUCCUUCCUACUGCCACAGCAGCUUCCCUGUCUAAACAUGGGUGGGACUUACCAGGGAGAAGCACAUGGAGCAAGGAGGAAUGAGCUGGACCUUACGCUUGAACCAAUAUAUCCCUCCCACCUUGGAUGCUUCACGACGUGAAUUGGUUUGAGUCUUCUAUAUGGUUAUAAUUUUUAGUUCCAUGUGAAUAUGGACUUAUAGUUAAGCUGAGAGACCUUUUAUGUAUCUGAUUUGAUAUCUACUUGGGUGAGGAGUAUAUACUCAACAAUACAUUUAAAUGCUUUUGGAAUCUGAAUUAUUUUAAGAUGUUUCCCCUUAUAUUUCUCUGAGUGUAUAUAAUACUCUCCCUUCCUUGGACA